AUGCGCUUCUUCGCCUCCCUCCCGCUGGUCCUCCUGACCCUGAUCAGCUCCGCCCAGGCCCAGUUUGGCUUCUUCGACCAGAUGUUCGGCGGCCAGCAGCAGCAACAGCAACCUCAAAACGUCCCGAGCGACCCGUCGCAAUACCAGCAACGAUAUGACGGCUCCUACUGCGAACACUUCCUCUGCCCCGACACCCUCGCCUGCGUCCACUUCCCCCACCACUGCCCUUGCCCCUGGCCCGCGAACCAGGACAAGUUUGAGCUCACAGACGGCAACCGAGUCUGUGUUUCGAGGGGCGGUUUUGCAGCAGGCGAGGCUGCGAGGAAGAUUGAGUUGGCGCGCAAGGGUCUUUUGUGA